AUGGGCAACAACAAGGGUCGUUCCAGGGCUUGUACGACAUGUUUGCGCCGCCGAGUAAAGUGCGACCAACAGCGCCCGGCCUGCAUUCGAUGCGCCAGGGCAAACAUUGUCUGCAAAGGCUAUCGGGAGAUGCUUUUCAUCGAUGCAAAAGCACAAGUCUUACGAAAGCUAGGCCAUACAUCUCCCUCGGGGCUGCGGGAUGAGACUUCCUCUCCAAAGGAGGUCAAGAAAUGCCAGAGUGAUUCUCAAGUUACAAAGCUUCUUGCUGGCUCUCGACGUGUGCUUUGCGAUUCCAAAGCAUAUCCUAUCUGGCCAGCACCCUCCGAGUCAGCGAUGCGACACGACCAUUUCAUCGCCCACCUAGUCACAAAUCUCGAUGGCCCCAUAAAGAUCAUAUGCCACAGCCAGUUAUUAGCAAUAAGCCAUCAUGUAGACUCGCUAGAGCGGGUGGCCAGGAAUCAUUCUUUUCAAGCCCUAGCAACAACUUUCUAUGGGCUUGCUCAUGCGCAGCUACCUCUCGUUCUUUACGGCAGGCGUCUAUAUCUCCAAGCGCUCAGCAUGGUCAACACAACCAUAAGUUGUUGCUGUGAUAGCACUGGCUUCUUCUCGGAAACUCUCAGUUCGGUGGUCGCACUAUCUCUGCAUGAGCUUUUGGCCAUGCACGGGUCCUUAUUGAAUAGAAGCAACCCGCUCGCCAUUGCACUACUUGAGGUGACGCGGCCAAUGAUGAUUGUAGCAGCUCUCAUCGCGCGCCGGCCAUCGUUGAUGGCACAACCAGAAUGGAAUACGACAACUAUUUGUUUACCGAACGAUCAUCAUUUACCUUCGCCCAGGUCAGCUCUUGCCUACCUACUGAACGCUUUCGCACAACUCCCAGCGUUGUAUUGUGAGUACGACACGAUACUAUCAGAACGAUCUGCAGAUCCAUCUAUCCAAACUAGCAGUGGCACGCACAAACAAAUCGUGUCGACAUCUGUUCAAACACUCCUGAGUCGCGCGUUUAGUCUUCGGGAUGACAUCUGCUUCCAAAGCACGUGUUGGACAACCUCUGACCCUGACUUCGAGUUUUCCAGCGUGUCUCCCACCAUCGUAGCUUCAACACCGCCCUAUCCUUGCACGGAUAUCAUACACUUCUCUUCUCCACAGGCGGCCAAUGUAGUUACAUUCUACAACGCCAUCACUAUACUAAUCAACGAACUCAUCGUCUCGUCACUCUCGCUUCUCCCCAGCGAUGAUAUCAACGUCCUCACACAAGCAGCAGCAUCCGAGCAAACAUCAACCGCCAUUUCUCACAUUAUCAGGAGUGUCGAUUAUAGUUUACCAUUCGCCCCGCCGCCAGAAUCUACCAUCCGGCCCCCAGAGCCACGUAUGGCCAGUGCGUCCGGCCCUCACAACUUCUACCUAACCAUCGCCAUCCGCGUUGCACACCGCGUGCUUUCGCAAUCUCAAGCUCCGCAGGAUAUUGGGAAAAAACUGUGGCUUGAAGGUGUUCUAUGCACUAUCCAGGACCGGGGUGGGACUUGGAUGUCAAAUGACCACAUCUUCCGCGCUGGCAAUUCGUAGAGAUUCAUCGUUCUGGGCAGAGUGUAGAACAAUUUGAAAGACAGAGGGAGAGUUUGGUUUCGUGCGCUUGGUGAGAUUCACUGAAGUUUAGCAGUGACAUUGGACAGCUGUUCGAAGAUAGCCAACCGUUCGUUGCGUGUAUCUCUCAGCCGGAGGGGGAAAUUGCUAUGGCACACAGGACCAAAACCAGCGACUUUUUGCCGGGAGAAAAGUGUAGAGAUCGAGAAAAAGGAAUAGUGUAUGAGUCAGAGGAAUAUCUUGUUGAAUGAUAAGCAGGCCCUCGAGCAUGAUGAGGAUGCCAGUGAUCGGAAG